AUGGAGCCGAAGAGGAGCGCCAACAUGGCGUGCUUGGAGCGAGAGCGGGAACGAAACUACUGGAGACAUCUCGAACGGUUGAACAGGCAGCAGUGCCGUAUCGACAAUAAGACACCGGAGAGCUACGCUUAUGUGAGGCCGAUCGGCACCAUGCGCGGGAAUCCAGCGCGUGCGGAGCAGGUGAACCGUGAUAACCAGAAGCUAGUGGAGAAGAUGGUGCACAUCAUGAACACCCGUGGGGGAGUGGAUACUUCGGAGCCGUGGCGUGACUACAACAAGGCGAUCAACUCGCAGCGGCGUCGCAAUCUGGAGCAGGCCAAGAUCGCGCAGGAGAAUUCGAAGUUGCUAGAGCGCCUGGAGCGGACGCAGCCGACGUACCGCUCAGAGAAGUUUGAGGCGGACCGUCGCCGGAACGAAGAGUUCGCUGCCCGCACGAGCCGCUACCCCUACCAGCCCAUGGACAGGACGAGCUACUAA